AUGUCCCCAAUGAAAGACUCAAUAAGAUGGAAGUACCCUGCUACUUUCUUCCUGGCAUUCCUUUCAGAAGGAUUGGCUUUAUUUUACACUCAUAAAAUGAAACUCCGGUUUCCAGAAGGCAUUCAAACAGGAUUACAUUUCGUUAUUGCACCUACGAGAUGCAUGACAAAAGAAGACUAUGAACAAGCAGUAAAGGAUCUAAGCUGGCAACUGUGUACUAUCAAAGCCUCUGCAGAGAUGAAGGAACUAAUAUCUCAUGAUGACGACUUGGAAGGUAGAAGACUUUCGAAUGAACGAACUAUACUGGCUUAUGGAAAUCUGGCACAUGCAGACA